AUGGGCAGGGCACUCGUGUUGUUAAUGUCUGAGGCAAUAUCUGACAGCAUGGCACGGCAGUCGAUUGCUAGCUCCGAGAGCUCUUGGCUGGCGGCCUCGAGACUCGUGCUGCCAGCUGGCACCCCAUCCUCGAGAGCCUUGCAAGCUUUGUCGAGUAUCGAUUGCAGUUCGAACCUCCAACUGUUCAUGCAGUCUACGCUGAACUUCCAUCUGCACCCGCAGAGCCUCAGUUACCUGGAGACCACUGUUAAAAAAUGGAAAAUAACAUGUUUUUGUAAUAAUGAAAACACUAUGGGAUUGAGUAUCACUUACUCAGAUAUAUCUUGUGCCGUCAUCUUUGAUGAAGCUGAUAUAGAUGAUGAAUCUAAAUUAAGUGGACAUGAGAAAAUUGCAAUAUUCCAAACAAACCUAUUGAACCAGAGAAAAUUUCCUAAUCACAGAAAAAUCUGCCCAUACCAUCUUUUGAGUUGUCAGUCAACUCCUUGUUUGCUUGCUUCCCCAUACGGUAUUUCUGCAAAACAAAUUCACAAUGAUAUUCGCCGCUUGAAUGUCAAAAGUGCCGUGGAAAAUAUUUCAUUUUCUCAAUCUCACAGAAAAAUCCAUAUACCUGAAGAUGAGACUUCAAAUGGUACAAAGUCAGGCCUUUUACUCCCAUUGUCAGCCGUCCACCGGAGGCGAGGCUUUGGGUCGGAGGUUAGGACAAGGCAGUUCUCGAUUGUACUGUCCAACGCCAUCUCAAUAUCUGUCAGCAUGAAACGGUAUCGUUGGAGGAAAUCCGGGUUUAUGUGGCUUGGGAAGAAAGGAUUGGUUUUGAAGCUAAGUGGUGGGGAUGGGAAACAGGAACAGGACAGCAAAUGUGUCCUU